AUGGAAAAUGGGAGAGCUCAUACCUUGACAGUCUUGUUCAUCCUCACGUGUGCGCUGGGCUACGUAACCUUGCUUGAAGAAACGCCACAAGAUACAGCCUACAAUACAAAGAGAGGUAUUGUUGCCAGUAUUUUGGUUUUCUUAUGUUUUGGAGUUACACAAGCUAAAGAUGGACCAUUUUCAAGACCUCAUCCAGCUUACUGGAGGUUUUGGCUGUGUGUCAGCGUUGUGUAUGAGCUCUUCCUCAUCUUUAUACUUUUCCAGACUGUACAAGAUGGCAGGCAGUUUAUGAAGUACAUCGAUCCGCAUUUAGGUGUUCCUUUGCCGGAGAGAGACUAUGGUGGCAACUGCCUUAUUUAUGAUCCUGGCAAUGAAACGGAUCCAUUUCACAACAUCUGGGACAAACUGGAUGGAUUUGUUCCUGCUCACUUUUUUGGCUGGUACCUGAAA